UUUGGUGAUUAGCUUUUCGCCACACAGACCUGACUGGCAAAGGGUGCUGGGAAUUAGAUAAAGCAUAAUUAAUACCCUGAUCGGGAAGGGCAUUGUUUGCAUUGUUACGGUUUAAGCGUGGGGAAGCCAAUCCUUGUCAUAGUCUGCGACAAAUAAUGGAGCAGCUGUAAUUCAGAGCUGAAGACCUGGCAGGGAGAGGCAGAGCUGUGCAGCCUAUUUACGAACUGGGAAGUGUACUACUUUACCAGGGCCCUUUAAAAAAAAAUAUAUAUAUAUGUAAGGAACGGGGGGGAAAGAAAACUGCGUGUGUGAACAUGAGAUGCAAAGAUCUAUACUCUGCUGGGAUUUAACGUUGCUUUUCAAGGCAAUUGUAUGGAUUAGAGCUACAAUGCAUACUUUCUUAAGGGUUUUAUGUCUCAUAUUAACAGUACAAAAGAGUGGCAUUAGAACCACCCAGUAGUUAAAAAAGAACAGAUUUUACUUGAAAGAGAGAGAAGAAAAAAACUACUAAUCACUACAGAGUAUGAGGGGAGAGCUCCGGACAGAUCUACUGGAGACAUCAAAGAGGAUAGAUGAAUAUUGCUGUCGUUCUGCUGCUGCUGUCUUCUUGUCCUCCUGUUAAUGGGCAGGUGCUAAGCCAGGAUACAGUGCCAUGUGGGGUCUCUCGCUGCCUUACUGACAACAGGGAAGACAAUGGGCUUCGGAACAUUGACACAAGGGCAAUGAGGUGUAUCUCUUGUGGUAACAGAGGCUUCUGCUUGAGCCUGGCGUAAGAAGAUUCCUCAGAAGUUGACGAUAUGUUUAUAAACCUACUGUGUCUUAUGUGAUUUUACCACAUACAAUGUUGAAGCUAAAAGCCUUCUGUUUGGAUUACUGGCAGUUCUGGUGUCUACAGCCUCUCAAUGGCUUUUAUAAAAGCGUGGAGGGUGACACUCCAGCCAGCGAGACUGGCACUUUCCUGGACAGCCCUUCUAGCUACGGUCGAGGACCCGUGACCCACACUUCUGCUCUUAGUCCUGACCACUUUGAUCACCCCCUGUACGGACAUUCCACAUCUCUAGGGCAACAGCGCCCACGGCGACCUAAGCUGCAACAUUCUACGUCUAUACUGCGCAAGCAGGCAGAGGAAGAAGCAAUCAAGCGUUCUAGAUCCUUGUCAGAGAGCUAUGAACUCUCCACAGAUCUACAGGACAAGCAGGUGGAGAUGCUAGAGCGUAAAUAUGGGGGACGUUUUAUAACUAGACAUGCCGCUCGCACCAUUCAGACGGCGUUCCGCCAGUAUCAGAUGAACAAAAAUUUUGAACGACUGAGGAGUUCUAUGUCCGAAAAUCGCAUGUCCAGACGCAUUGUCCUGUCCAAUAUGAGAAUGCAGUUUUCCUUUGAAGGGCCUGAAAAAGUCCACAGCUCUUACUUUGAGGGCAAGCAGGUCUCUCUAACCGACGAUGGCACCAAGAUAGGCGCGAUCGUCCAGUCCGACUGUGGUGACCUGGGAGGUCCAGCCAGUGUGAAGUCGCCAGCCGCGCAGAGCGAUUUCACGGAUGCGAUUACAGAGCUGGAGGAUGCUUUCUCGAGGCAAGUGAAAUCCCUGGCAGAGUCUAUCGACGAUGCCCUGAACUGUCGUAGCUUGCACCCGGAGGAGGGUCAGCCUGAUCAAGGCAGAGGUCAUCCCAACAUGGAGAGAGAAGUUGCCUACCAGCUGAAACCUUCACACAGUGUGGAUCACCGCAAGCUGGAUGAGAUGACGGCGUCGUACAGUGACGUGACUUUAUAUAUCGACGAGGAAGAGCUCUCCCCGCCUCUUCCUUUGUCUCCAUCUGUAGACCGGGCCUCUAGCACGGAAUCUGACUUGAGGCUUAGAUCUGCUAACUCUUCACAGGAGUAUUGGUCUAUGACCCACAAGGACGAUAAGGUAGACACUGAUACAAGCUGCCGAAGCACACCCUCACUGGAGUGCCAGGAACAAAGAUUAAGAAUAGACCAUCUACCUUUACUCACCAUAGAGCCGCCUAGUGACAGCUCUGUGGACCUCAGUGACCGAUCGGAUAGAGGGUCACUAACGAGGCAAAACGCCUACGAUCGGGGGGUCGCGAGUCAGCAAGGAAGCCCGAAACACAUCUCUCAUGGGAUUCCUCCAAGAGGCCCUUCUCGAGAAGAAGAGCAAGCAAGACACAGGCCCAGGCAGCUGGAUAGCCACUUGGCCAUCAACGGCACUGCCAACAGGCAAAGCAAAUCAGAGUCGGACUUCUCCGACGGGGACAAUGACAGUAUUAAUAGCACUUCUAACUCGAAUGAUACAAUUAACUGCAGCUCGGAGUCGUCAUCCAGAGACAGCUUGAGAGAGCAGACACUGAGCAAGCAGACCUACCACAAGGAAACCCGCAAUAGCUGGGACUCGCCCGCCUUCAGCAACGACCUCAUCAGAAAGAGGCAUUACAGGAUUGGAUUAAACCUAUUUAACAAGAAGCCAGAGAAGGGGACCCAGUACCUGAUCGAGCGAGGGUUCGUUCCUGACACGCCUGUGGGUGUGGCCCACUUCCUGCUCCAGAGGAAGGGCCUGAGCAGGCAGAUGAUUGGAGAGUUUCUGGGGAAUCGGCAGAAACAGUUCAACAGGGAUGUCCUAGACUGUGUGGUGGAUGAGAUGGAUUUCUCAGUAAUGGAACUGGACGAAGCUCUCCGGAAGUUCCAGGCUCACAUCCGGGUCCAAGGAGAAGCCCAGAAAGUAGAGAGGCUUAUUGAAGCUUUCAGCCAGCGGUACUGUAUCUGCAAUCCUGGGGUGGUGAGACAGUUUAGAAAUCCAGACACGAUCUUCAUUCUGGCUUUUGCAAUCAUACUUCUAAACACGGACAUGUACAGCCCCAACGUGAAGCCAGAACGCAAAAUGAAACUGGAGGACUUUGUUAAGAAUUUACGGGGGGUGGAUGACGGGGAAGAUAUCCCGCGGGAAAUGCUGAUCGGGAUCUACGAGAGGAUCCGCAAGCGGGAGCUGAAGACCAAUGAAGACCACGUGUCCCAGGUUCAGAAGGUCGAGAAGCUGAUUGUGGGCAAAAAACCUAUUGGAUCUCUGCAUCAUGGACUUGGUUGUGUGCUUUCUUUGCCCCAUCGAAGGCUGGUUUGUUACUGCAGACUGUUUGAAGUCCCGGACCACAACAAACCUCAGAAACUGGGACUGCACCAGAGAGAGAUCUUCCUAUUUAAUGAUAUUCUUGUGGUCACAAAAAUUUUCCAGAAGAAGAAAAUCUCUGUGACGUACAGCUUCAGGCAGUCAUUUUCACUGAAUGGGAUGCAGAUUCUCCUCUUUGAAAACCAGUAUUAUCCGAAUGGAGUAAGGCUUACGUCAGCUAUCCCAGGUGCAGACAUCAAAGUCCUCAUAAACUUCAAUGCACCCAACCCCCAGGAUCGGAAGAAAUUUACAGAUGAUCUGAGGGAGUCCAUCGCAGAGGUCCAGGAAAUGGAGAAGUACAGGAUAGAAUCUGAGCUGGAGAAGCAGAAAGGAGUAGUGCGUCCAAGCAUGGCUCAGAGCUCGGGGCUGAAGAAAGAUGCAGGCAACAGUACCAUGAACCGACCCAGCCUGGACGACAGCUACGCCACUGGGGAGGGGCUAAAGAGGAGCGCCCUGAGCAGCUCCCUCCGAGACCUCUCUGACGCAGGCAAGCGUGGGCGUCGCAGCAGUGCAGGAUCACUAGACAGCAAUAUGGAAGGGUCCAUCAUUAGCAGUCCUCACAUGCGUCGGAGAGCCACCUCGACCCGCGACUGUCCUUCUCGCCCACACCAGACUAUCCCUAAUUCCUCCUCGCUCCUGGGAACACUUUUUGGCAGUAAGCGGGGGAAGCCGUCCUCCCAGGGCCACCCGGUCCCUGCCCCCACCCCUCCUCCUCCGCAGUCUCAGCACCCCCCUUUGCUCCCCCACCCCUCCAGCCUGCACCACACCGGACCUGUAGAGACACAGGCACAGAUGCACACACACCACUCGCAGUACUGCCCCGUCCAGCAGAACCCACCUCCCUACCACCACCACCACCACUACCACCCACCACAGCAUGUCCAGCACCCCCCACACCAAUACCACCAGCACCCCCCCUAUGCGAUGCACUCUCACACACAGCAUUCCCAGCAUGCACCACACCACCACAGCCAGCAGCAGCCCCCACCUCCCCAGCCCUCGAGCAGCAGCAGCAACAAACCCAAACACAGCGGCAUUAGCACCAUCGUCUAAAAUGCUAAUAAAAAUGAAGGAAGAAAGAUACACGCCUUGUGUGACAAUAACAGACAGGACCACUCACUGGUUGCAGUUGUGAAGGCACUUAAUUCCAGGUAGCAUUAUUUCAAGCUGCUGUGGACAGGGAGCACGAAAAAAAAGGCACUUGAUUCACUACUUCUGUUUACUUGAGAGCCUUUGGUGUUCAAGAAGAGGAAUUCAGAGGAAUGUUUUCAUUCGCCAUGCUUACCAAUCAUUUAAGAGCCUCUAGACAAUAGAAAUAAUGUUUGUGCUUGCUCUCUCACUCAGUUGCUGUAACAUUCGGCAAACAAAUGUCUGUCUUCACUUCACUAUACCAAGGAGAAAGGAGAAAAAGGAGGGAAGUGUAUCAUGGUUACAGCUUCUGACUCCUUAGCGAUGGCAAAAAAAGAACAUUGCAAAAGCAUCAUUUAACAACUUGCUUUUUAGUGUGUGCAGAAGCAAAGUUUUAUUCUCAGACAAAAUGGCAAUAUGUAAGUUGCGUACUGUAAAUGAAUUAUACCUAGUUCAAGAACAGCAUAUUCAUAAUUUAAGAACGAAUAGACCCAAGAGCUUGGAAAGAAAAAUAUAUUAAAGUACAUACAGUAGAUGUUCCAAUAUUUACUCUGUACCCCACAGUACACUGGGAGGUCUUUUAGCAAUCAUAAAUAAAUGUGCCAAUUAUUAAAGCAUUUACUAUUUUAGUCGAAUAACACUGCUUUGUGUAUAUCGUGCAUAUUUUGUAAAAAAUAUAUAUAUAUAAUAAUAAUAAUAAUAAUAAUAAUAAUAAUAAUAAUAAUAAUAAUAAUAAUAAUAAAAAAGUCUGAGGCAUCAUAUGAAAAAUAGCAGGAAUAUAAUCACCCUAUUGUAGUAGAUUUAGUUCACUAGUUUAAAAAGAAGCAUACAAAAUAAUAGGCAAUUAAGCAAGAUGGUACAUCUCUGGUUGCCUUGCUGCAUCACAUAGAACUUCUGAAUAUUUGAAAUACUGCAGCUGCAGCAUAACCUACUCACCAGGUGGCUGUAUAUAAAAUACUGAGUAACAAAAUGGACUUCCCAGCUGAGACUGAGUCUUCAAAUGUCAAGCAGCAAGGAGUGGGGAGUGGGGAGUGGGGAGUGGGGAGUGGGGAGGGGGGAGGGCUUGUCAUCAGCACUGAGGGGAGAUCACAGCUGCUUGUGCAACAUUAUUUUAUUUUUGUUAACUUUUUUUUUUUUAAAAAUACUGUACAUCAUGUUAUUAGGUUUACUAAUGGUUUGAUCUUGAUGUGAUUCUGUUAAAAAAAUAAAAUAAAAUAAAAGAUCUCGCCUGUGCGAUUUGAAGGAGAUACUUUGCAAGCAGGUUAUAGCAGGAAAGCAUUCUGAUCUAUUUCUUCCUCUUCUCUGCUCCUCACAGAAAUAUCAUUGUACUCAGCAGGCUGAGUCUGCCCUGAUUACUCCCGAUGCACUCAGAUUUGAAGUAGUAAUACGGUGGUGUAUGAAUUGAUAUGCCAUGCAUUGCUAGCAUGUUGCAAUCACAUAACAUUUAUUUUUCAAUACAAGGUGAGGGGGGCGGGAAUAUUUGAAUCUAUUGCCAAGAAACUAAUUCAGUCGAGGUCCUGCGCGGAAUCUUGGAGAAUUAGUAUUCAGCUUGUGAAUUAGAUGGAUAUAUAGCUUAGUUUUGUUUUUUUAAACCUCUAAUUUUCUACAUUUUGAAAAGUAAUAGUUGGUUCAUAUUGUAACACAUUUUACACCAAAAUUGAGUUGGAGUGAUUCUCUGAAGUUUCUUUUCCUUUUUGAUUUUCGGGGAUAGCUUCCUUUAAGAGGUGUGGGUGUGUGUGUGUGUGUGUGUGUGUGUGUGUGUGUGUGUGUGUGUGUGUGUGUGUGUGUGUGUGUGUGUGUGUGUGUGUGUGUGUGUGUGUGUGUGUGUGUGUGUGUGUGUGUGUGUGUGUGUGUGUGUGUGUGUGUGAGAGAGAGAGAUAGAGAGGAGAUAAUGAACUCUCAUCUGGAUGCAUUCCGAACAAAAAAAAAAAAAAACAUUUAUAACUUCUAUUUUCCCACAAUACUUCAGUCAACUUCCAAGUAACUCAACUCAGCACUUUGUCAGUCUCCAUUGAAAGCAAAUAUGAACAGUCUAGAGUUUAGCCUUUUGUCCUUUUUUUUCUUUUGUAUGUGCAAUAUUUUUUUUCCAUCGUAGUGCAACAAAAUGGAGAAGAAACAAGCUCCUUUAUGUGAUAUGUUGAUUCUUUUUUCUUUUCUGUAUAUCCUGAAUCAUAAUGUCCUACCCCACAGGGCGCUACAGUGGACUAUUUAGGCUCUCUGUCCUUUGCAAUGAUAAGGAAUGUCUGAUACAAAGAAAAGUGCAUGUCAUGUUAAUAUUAUGAGGCUACUCUACAUAUUGUAUAUUUGCAGAAUAUAUCAGUGUUACUGUUGACUAUAGUUUACCAAUAGUAGAGUCUGUUCUGUAGUUUGCUCCUGGAAAUAUCAGGUGAGAGGGCUAGAUGUUGUACUAAUGAAAAUAUUUAUUUUUUAAAAUGGCAGAAGGAAGCAAAUGCAUAAUACAAAUCCAGUGGCGCAUACUUCAAGCUGAGCUGUUUAUGUAGUGAGGUGUUUCAGAUCAAUACAGAAACAACUUUACAUGUUACAUUCCAAAAAUAGUAAAUGGUGCCUAAAAUUAUUUUCUAAAACAAAACAUAUAGAGCAUGACAAUGAAUGUAAUAUGACCUACCUAAAUGGUAUACAUAUUGUGGAGGUUGGUUAUACAGCUUCCUGUGGCUUGUAUGGUAUUAGCCAGUCAAGUAAAUAAAUACAAUAAUAAAAAAAAAACAGAUUUUCAACAGGUCAUGCAUUCAACAACAGUACAUCCUAGAAGGAAAAAUCUGAAUACAACACCAGCCUUCUCAACUGAUCUUUUCUUUGGGGAAAGCAGUAAUUAAUUAUCUGUUAAGAAUGAAUUGUAUGGCAAUGUAAAAAUGAAAAAAAAAAACUGUAAAAGUUCACCUAAAUAUAACGUACAUGUAUUGUAUUGCUUCAGAUGUGUGUGCAGCCAUUCAGUGUGGAAAAUGUUUUUCCCCAUAAUGCACUGCAUGCCGCAGCAGCCUCUUGUUAAUUGUUAACAGCAAGCUGAUGGAAACUCAGCCAAUGUAUUUUCAUGUGUGUUUUAUUUUAUUUUUUUAAGUGAAACUCUUGAUGUUGACUUGCUGUUCCAUAUUAUGCGGUGUGUACCUACGGUUCAGCAUGCAUUUCACAAUGUAACCGUUGUAAAAAAAAAAAAAAAAAAAAAAGGCAUUGCACUUCUGCCUGCAAACUGAAGGGUGACUGUGCACAUAAAAUUCCAAGAGCCAAGAAAAAAUACCAUAUCUCAAGGCAACAAGGAAGGGGAGGGAGAGGGGGUGGUAAUGUUGGGAGGUGGGACCAAUGGAAAAGGCAACUCUGAAAAUAAAUUGUACAUAGUGUGUAUAUUAGUAUUCAAAUACAAUUUCUGCAGUCACAUUGAGGUUGCAUUCCUGUCUCCUCCCUUGUUAACAUUUAGCUUGCUUCCGCUGUAAUCUGUAUUAAACUCUUAUAGGAUGCAGGUCUUGAACACAGACCAGUUAAAGAACUACCACUGCUUUUCAUGCUCAUCAUGGGGUGCUUCUAUUCUUUAAAGGCUUGAGACUCAUUUUGUAAGUACAGGGGACGACAGGAGUGCUUUCAUUUUAAUAUGCAUUCUGUUUGUAAGUAGUUAUAAGACCCUAUCGAUGUAAAACUAUAACUGUGAUACUGUCGAGAACGCAAAAAAUAAACAAAAUAAGACUCCUUCA